UUGGCGGGAACUUAGGGAGCUGCGCCGGCGCGGUGAGCGGUGUGCUGAGAUGGCCCCGCCGCGGCGAGUGCGGCGCUCGGGUACGAGAUAUUCAAAGAACACUGUAGGAAGAACACAUUCCACGAAAGAUGAAGCUGGCCAAAAGCACAAGCCUACCGAUGUAUUUGAUUUUCCUGAUAAUUCUGGGAUCUCAAGCAUCGGCAGGCUGGGUGAAAAUGAGAAAGAUGAAGAACCCUAUGAAACCUUUGACCCUCCUUUACACAGCACUGCUAUAUAUGCUGAUGAGGAAGAAUUCUCCGAGCACUGCGGGUCAUCUCUCCCCUCAACUCCUCAAGGAAAGGAAGCAAAAAGAAGUUCGGACACUUCUGACGUUGAAGCAAGUGAAAAUGAGUCUGUAAAAAUUAGUGCAAAAAAGCCAGGAAGAAAACUCAAGCCCAUUAGUGAUGAAUCUGAAAGCACUGAAGAAAGUGAUGUAACGAGAAAAGUUAAACCAGCAGAGAACAUAAGUACACAACAUGAAGCUGUUUCAGCUACAGCAUCUUCAGAACCUUCAGAGAAACCAGCUGAAUUGGUCACGCUUAAAAAGGUGGGACCCCUUGGUGCCAAGCCCUCUGUUGAAGAAGAGACCCUGGAAACAGAAAGUCAGCUGAAAGCUCAGAAAAAGAAGAUGUUUCGUGGCAAAAGGAAGAAACCAAGAAGUGAAGCCACAGACUUGGAUACUUCCGACUGUGUACCUAUUUGGUGUUUAAAAGAAAAGAAAACCAGUGACAUCAUGGAGUUAGAUGUCGUUUUGUCUGCAUUUGAGAACAUCCUCCUAGAGUAUACACAAAAAACAGACUCUAGAAUUUGUAAGGAAGCCAUCAACAAAUUUCAUUCUAAUUUGAAAGAAGAACUCAUCAAAAUGCUUAAAGAAGUCCAGAUGUUGAAAACUCUGAGAAGGAAGAACACUAAGAUGAUCUCAGAUAUCGAAAAGAAAAGGCAACAUCUGAUUGAAGUCCAGGAUGAACUGCUUCGGUUAGAGCCAGAGCUGAGACAACUACAAGUGAAGUAUGAUGAACUUAAGGAGAGAAGAGCUUCCCUUAUGAAUGCAGCAUAUUUCUUGUCUGAUUUAAAACAGCUUCAUCAAGAUUAUUCAGAUAUUCAAGAGAAAGAACCAAAUGUAAAGGAAACGUAUGAUUCAUCCAGCCUUCCAGCUCUGCUAUUCAAAGCAAGACCCCUUUUGGGAGCUGAAAACCAUCUGCAAAAUAUCAACUGUCAAUUAGAGAAGCUCCUUGACCAGAAAUGAGGCCAGUCUACUAAAGUGUGCACGUAUAAAGAUUAGUCUCAUGCUACUACUGCCUGUUACCUUCUGAAACUGUAUGUAUUUUUCCACAAAGGAGAAGGGGGAAAAAACCCCAAACUUUAUUACUAUUAAUUUGAAUUGAAUAUUUCUUUUGUUAUGUUAUAGCAACAUUCUCAGGUACAUUUAAAAAAAGUAAACUUGUCUAAUUGUUCAGGCUGGUUGUAUGGUCUUGUCAUCAGAAUUUAAUAUUACUUUGUCAUUAAAAUUAAAUGGCAAGGUAUAGUAGUUUUAGAGGCCAUAGUUAAUUUUUCUGAUUAAUGUCAAGUAGUGAGUUUCAAAAUGUUUUAAAAUGUUGACACCUAAUCAGACUUAGACAUACAAAAGUUUUACUGUAAAAAUAAACAUGCAAAGUUAAGCCGAUACGAACAAAGACUAAUAACUUUGGUUAAUCAAAUAAGGAGACUUAUACUGAAUUUAAGCACAUUGGAGCUAAUUUUCAAUAAAACUGGUUUACUUCAAUAAAUAAGAUUUGGAAGCAAAGUAAUAAAACUUAGCUGAUACAACAGGCUUUAUAAGUUACUAUGGUUUAGUUCAAUAAAUAAGAUUUGGAAGCAAAGUAAUAAAACUUAGCUGAUACAACAGGCUUUAUAAGUUACUAGUUUGUUAUUAAAUCUGUUUUCAAGCAAAUUACAGCCUAGUUAGGUAAGUGUCCAUAAUUAGCUACUCUUGUAAUACAUCUAUAAUUAGUUCAUCAGGAAUUUCAUCAAUUCCAUUAUAACCGAGAAGACUGUUCUCUGCAGCUUCUGCCAAUUCAGCAUCUUCUGUAGCCUCCAAAAUAUAAGCAUCAUCAAUGCCAUUAUCCCAGUCAGCAUCACAAAAUGUACCUUUUGACGAUGCACUACAUGAUGGUUCAUGAGGAUUCUUGGUUUCAUUGUUCCUUGUUUGAUCCGUUGUAAACUCCUCUUCCUUUAGUUCCAAAGGGGAGGGAGAGUAGAGGAAGAAAAUCCUGCUUAUUCAGACAGAAUGUAUGAUUUCACCCGAUAGUUCAUCUCUACUGAAUUAAAGUAUUCAGUUCAACAGAUAUUAAAAUGAAAACACUGGAUGAUACGGUCUCCAAUACAGUCACCAUGGGAAUGGGCUCACUACUGCUGCCUUUGUGGCACAAUACCUGCAGUUCCUGUGGUACAUUCUUUUCAAUGUACACAGAUGGGGCUACAGCAAAGGUAAGACUGAUUUUUUUAAAAAGAGGAUAGUCUAGCUGAAGAAACUGGUUUUAAAAUGUAUCUGCUAUCUUAACAUAUUUCUCUAUCUUUAAAGUAUUUUAAAAAUUAACAUGGGGCUUCCCUGGUGGCGCAGUGGUUGAGAGUCCGCUUGCCAAUGCAGGGGACACGGGUUCGUGCCCCGGUCUGGGAAGAUCCCACAUGCCGCGGAGCGGCUGGGCCCGUGAGCCAUGGCCGCUGAGCCUGCGCUCUGCAACGGGAGAGGCCACAACAGUGAGAGGCCCGCGUAACCCAAAAAAAAAAAAAAUUAACAUGGAUUGAAAAAAGUUAUGAAGAACAGUUUUGAGACAACUGUCAAAGUAUGAUGUGGAUUUGUAUAUUAAAUAAUAUUGUAUCAACAUGAAAUUUCCUGAAUUUAAUAAUUUCACUAUAGGUAUAUAAGAAUGUUCUUUCUCUCUUGUAUGUAGCUGGAGAAUAAGAAGGAUUUUGAUGUCUGCAACUUAUUCUGAAGAGAUUUGUUACGAACUGAAUGUUUAUGUACCCCCAUCCCCAAAUUCAUGAGGCUGAAAUCCUAACCCUCAAUGUGAUGGUAUUAGGAGGUGAGGUCUUUGGCAGGUGAUUAGAUCAUGAGGGCAGAACCCUCAUGAAUGGGAUUAGUGCCUCCUUAUAAAAGACCACAGUGCUCUGUGACCCCUUCUACCAGGGAAGGACAGUGAGAAGACAGCUCUCAAUGACCCAGAAGCUGACUUGAGUCUGCCAGCACCUUGAUCUUGGACUGACCAGCCUCCAGAAAUGAGAGAAAUUUGUUGUUUUUAAGUCACUCAGUCUAAGGUACUCUGUUAUAGCAGCCUGAAAUGCCUAGACAAGAUUCAUCAAAAAUGAUGAUGCGUAAUGUGUACAGUAGAGGGAGAAAAAAGUGUGGCCCAAUGUUUAACAAGUCUAGAGGAAGGGCAUACAGGAUGGUUCCUUGUUCUGCUGCAACAUUUUUGUAGGUUGAACCUUCUUUUAAAACCAGAUGAAGCAGAAAUGACAAAAUAUUAACUGUUAAAACUAAGUGAUAGGUUUAUACUGUUCUUAUUUUAAAUAAAAAGACAAAAUAAAUUAAAUCCAAGCAGUGGUAAUACUGUACACCAAAAAUACUUUCACCUUGGCAUUUCUGAGGUAUUACUGGAUAGGCAGGAAAAUAAAUCAGUUUUAGAAACCCACUGAAACCACAAACAUGCAUCAAAAUAACACUCCAAAUGAAAAAGGAUAAAAUAUUCUUCCUUAGAGGCACAAUUUAAAUCUUUUUUCUUGGUUAUCUCUUUAGUUCACCAGAGAAUCUGGCUAUCAGCUAUUUUAUAUCCAGCUCCUACAGAUCAAGAAUGAGAUUUCUACCAUUUCAGAAUGAAUUUUUUCAGGAGACUUUUAAAAAUCAAAUUUAAUAGGUACCAAUCAAAUUGUAAACUCAAACACUAAUUCAGCUUGUAGCAAGUAACUUUCAUUCUAACCGUAACACUGUAAACAAAAAGGCUGAUAGAUGUGAGGAAAAAAACACUAAAGUCUAGAAAAUAACAUAAGCGUGCUCAAUGAAAAGUUCUUGUAAAAUAUUAAUAAGACCCCAUAUAAAAGUAGAGGGCAGUUAUAGGCAAUCCAUAAUAGAAACACAUAGUAAAUCUGAUGAAAGUUAAACUGCAUUAAUAAGUGUAAAUUAAAACACCCGAAAUACCACUUUAUGCCUACCAGGUUGGUAGAGAUCAAAAGGCAAAAACAAGCAAUGUUGGCAAGUGUAGGGUAAUAGGUACUCCCAUAAACUGAAAUCUAAUUCCCUAUCAUUUUUUGGAGAGCAAUUGGUAGUAUGUAUGGAAAAUAUCUGUGAUAGUUUAAGUAGGAAAAAAAGCCUACAAUAUAGUACAUACACUAUGACUAAAAAAACAUGAGGGUACACAGACAGGUAACAAAUUCUGGAAGAUACCACAACAUUUACAUCAGUUAUCUGCGUGGUCAAAUUAUAAGUGACGAUGCUUUUUUCCUUUUGUGCUUUAUGUAUUUUCUAAUGUUUGUCUACAAUGAAUGUGAAUU